UGGGAACGGGCUGCAUGAAACGAGGAAGAGGAAUGCUUUUGGUGUUUAUACCUGGCCAGCAUUGGGGAUGAAGGGAAUGGUAGAAGGAGGCUUUGUGCGCCCUGUGCGGCAGGCUUGCCGCUCCUUGUACGACCAGCCGUGAUCGAGCACAAACGUCGAUGUUGGAACUAUGGGAUCCUGCUCGAAUUCUCGGACAACUUGGUGUUUGGUCUCAUCAUUGCCAAGAUCCUCGAUUGCAGAUACCACUAGCGCUGGGAAGACUAGCAAGAGUAACCUCUGUGUCGCUACAUUGAGCGACUUGGUCCCGGUAUAUCAAAAUGUCCCCUUCGAAGACAUGAAUAAUAUCGCUGGUCAUUCAGGAGGCGCACGAUUCUUGAACUGUGUUCCCAAUAUCCUUCGCGACUUCCUCCGACUUUUGCUAUCCUUCCAUUAUGACGUCUAUGCACUUUAAUGUGCCCAUUUCAUUACGCUGCAACAUCAGGUUCAGAACACUCCAUUGA